CAAAGAAGAAGGGAUUGUUUACAAUAAUACUUCCCACAUUAACUGUUUAGAUGAAGAUAGUGUUGCACAGCAGGCCGUACAGCGGUGCUGCUCUCAUCAUGUUGUCCCUCCUGUGGUCGCGAGGUUUCUGCCAGGUUGUCACUGAAGUCAACCGAAGGUCUUACCCGACUGUAGCUUCAUUUAUCCGGACUUACACCACGAACCCCAGCCCAACCAGCGGAGGAACAUACGACGACGAAGCGUCAGUGGUGACCCCCUCACAGCUGAAGGCCAUGCAGUCAAACGGUAACGUUCAGCUUUUUGAUGUGAGGAAUCCGGAUGAAUACCAGGGUGGCCACAUUCCUCAAGCAGUCAACCUCCCAUUGGAUAUCUUGGAAGAGUCUCUGAAGCUGCCUCCUGAGACCUUUAAGCAGAAGUUUGAAGUGAAGGCUCCUGGAAAAGAUGAUGAUAAUAUAGUGUUCAACUGCAGAAGCGGCGUUAGAAGCGGCCAGGCCCUGAACAUUGCCCGUCAAAUGGGAUUUCACAGAGCAAGACACCUGAAAGGAGGGUAUGCUGCAUGGGCCGAGCAAGAAGGAAAUUGAAAUCAUGCUAAAAUCUACUUCCUGUGAGAUUAUGUUUUUAAAAUAUAUGAAAUCAUGAAACAGAAUGUCAUCAUUUUUCACAUUGGCAGCUUGCAGUGUUUAGGCUACUGAGAGUUACCUUUACAUCCUUCUUAUUUUAAAGUUACUGAAUUUUAUUAAAUUAUGCAUUAAACUUGAGUAAA